AUGGCCUCCAAAAAUGGGAUCGACCGUCGAGAUGAAGAUGAGGUUUGCCCUGUCUGCAAAUCCUCGCGGUACCUCAACCCGAACAUGCGAUUCCUCAUCAACCCAGAAUGCUAUCACAAGAUGUGCGAGUCCUGCGUUGACCGGAUCUUCUCAUCCGGUCCAUCCAGCUGCCCAGUAGCAGGAUGUCGAAAGACGCUUCGCAAGGCCCGGUUCCGGGCUCAGACAUUCGAGGACAUCGGUGUAGAGCGGGAGGUUGAUAUCAGGCGGCGAGUGAUGCACAUUCUUAACCGUCGCGAAGAAGAGUUCGACUCAAAACGCGCCUACGACGACUUUCUCGAGCAGCGCGAAGAAAUGAUCGCCAACCUCGUGACCCGCAUCGAUGUCGCCAAAACCGAAGCCCAGCUCCAGAAAUACGCCUCAGUGAACAUGCAAUCCAUCCGCGCAAACCAAGCCCUCGAGGAACAAGAAGCAUCAUCCUUUGCAGCACGCAUGACCCAAGAACAAGAAGAAGCUCGCCUCCGCCGCCAAGCCGCGCGCGAGCAACUCGAGAACGAGCGCCGCGAGAUGCAUGCCGGACGCGAAGACAUGAUCUCACGUCUUGCGGCUGGUUCGAGCGCCGACGCUGCAGCGAUCGCACGCGAAGGACAUAAGGUGCUAUUGAAGAAGUCGUCUGCGCGACGUAGCGAGGAGGACCGCAUUCGACAGAAGCAGGCUGCGCUGCGUGGCAGUGAGACGAAGCGGGUUGGAUCGUCGCUUACAACUGCCGAUACGGCCGGGCCAUCUGAUGGUGGGCUUAUCAAGGGCCUGCGGAAAAUCAAGACGCCCGAGCCGGAGAAGCCAUACGAUCCUUUCAUGGGGUAUGUGCCUGAGAAGCGGGAUUACUAUACCUUGCAGCCAUCUUAUCCGUCAACCUAUCUUGAUCGUGUGAAGAAUGAUACUCGGGUGGCAGCUGGAGGCUAUGAUCUGCGGGAGUAUUACUCGCGGACGCUGGUGGAGGCGUUUGCAGGAUUGGGGUGUUUCAUUGGGGAGGAGGUUGCACAGCGAGAGGCUGCUACCUCGGGGUUGGGACUGAAGCCUACUGCGACGACGGGUGCUGCGAUGGCGGCGGGUGAGGAAUGA